UAGUGCAUCCGUACAUCUAAUGUAUGCAUUAUAUAUAUCUGGUGAAAGUAUAUCUAAUGACAAAGGCUGCACACAACAAUUUCAUGCCCUCACUCUUCAAUGCAAAGUUGAAAGUGGAGAUCGCAGCUCACACUUGUUUUUGCUGCUCAUUCUGGAAGAACAAGGUAAAGCAACAGAGAGAGAGAAUCAAGUCUGAGUGCGAGAAGCUGCAUCGCUUUGUGAGCGAGGAGGAGCAGCAGCUUCUGCGGAGACUGGAGGAGGAGGAGAGGGAGACUCUGCGGAGCCUGGAGGCGAACACAGCCCAACUCUCCCAGCAAAGCUCCUCUCUGCACAAGCUGAGAGAUAGAGGAGAAGAGCCGGCAGACACCUGCUGAGCUGCUGAAGGAUGUGAAAAGGACCUUGGACAGGUGCUGUAUCUUCCCCUUUCCCCUCCCAGUAGAUUUCUACUUGGGCUGUGGCAGGAAUAUCUCCGUGGAAGAGCUGGGAAGAGCGAUAAUGGUGGGUAUGUUCCUCUUAGAAGCAAGGAUGUGAAGCUUCAGGAAGCAAAAGCUGUUUCUACAGAGCUGAAGACCCAGUGCAGCAUCCCAGGGAUGGUGGAAAUGCUAAGGAAAUUCACAGUGGAUGUGACUCUGGACCCAGGGACGGCUCAAUCCGAACUCAUCCUGUCUGAGGAUCGGAAAUGUGUGAGACACGGAGACACCCGACAGGAUCUGCCCAACACCCCGGAGAGAUUUGAUACUUGUGUCUCUGUCCUGGGCUCGGAGGGGAUCACGGGCGGGAGGCGCUACUGGGAGGUGGAGGUGGGAGACAAGACGGGCUGGACUCUGGGGGUGUGCAGGGAGUCUGUGCGCAGGAAGGGGUGGGUCACAUGGUCACCUGGCAAUGGAUACUGGGUCGUGUGUCUGCGGGAUGGGGGAUACGAGGCCUGGACCUCCCCUGUGACUCCCCUCCCCGUGCGCGUGCAGCCGAGGCGGGUGGGGGUUUUCCUGGACUACAAGGCGGGUGAGGUCUCAUUUUACAACAUGACUGACAGGUCCCAUCUCUUCACUUUCACUGACACCUUCUCCGGGAAACUGUGCCCUUUCUUCAGUCCUGGUUUCAAUCCUGGGGGCACCAACGCUGCUCCCCUGACCCUGUGCCCGGUCCCAGCCCAGUCCUGAGGGAAUCCCUGUCCCUGCCAUGCCCUGCAGCACAGACUGUCCUUUCCUCGCACCCCGACUGCCAGGCCCCUGGUGCCCCCGGGGUGGGUGCAGGGCUGGGGUCUCCAUCACCGGAGUUGCUCCAGCCUCCACUCUGCCCAAUCCCCCCACGCACAGCACCCACUGGGAGGGACCGGCUCCAAACUCUCAUCCUUCACCUACAGGCCCCUGCAGUCCCCCAGGGGUUUUACUUGGUUACAUGGUUCGCCUCUCUCAGCACUGCCCCCUUUCCCCUCCCCUCCCUCCAUUCCCUUUUAUAUAUUUAAAAUAAAUACCUCUGUGUUGCA